GUUCAAGUGUUCCAAGUUUCCUUUCUUGUUCUACAUUAAGCUCAUUAGAUUCAUUCAAGAUCAUUUCCCUAAUUUCAUUCCAAAGAAGGAGAUGGGUUUCCGUAUGCCUUCAAUUCUUCAUGCCAAGCAGAUCCUCAAACUGCAAUCUCUUCUUACCAGAAGUCAGCUAUCUAUAUCAUCAACAACAGUUGAAGUGCCAAAAGGCCACUUUGCAGUUUAUGUUGGAGAAGCUGAAAAGAAGCGAUUUGUGGUUCCGAUAUCUUACUUGAACAAUCCUUCAUUCCAGAAAUUGUUGAGCCAUGCUGAGGAAGAAUUCGGCUUCAAUCAUCCAAUGGGUGGAGUCACAAUCCCAUGCAAGGAAGAAUCUUUCAUUGAUCUAACUUCUCGUCUAAAUUCAUCCUGAGAGAAGAAGUUGCAGAGUGUUGGGAAAAUAGUUGGCACAUCAAGUCUGCUGUCUCUAAUUUUGACCCAUGUAAAUGAUUUCAUAGAUGUACAUAAAUUGGCAGAGGGAUACAAAAUUCAUAUUUCAUUGA